CGGGGCUCUCACGGGUACCGUUCGGAGCCGGGCCGCCCGGGCUUCAGCGGCCCGGGAACCGGGAUAAGUAGGACGGCGGCCGUGGCGACUGGGGGUGCGGGGUGGAGCGUCCCCUGUAUUUUCUAUACGGGUUCCGGGGCCCGGUAGAGGCGCGCCGAGAGGAGAGGAAAGUGCGGCGGCCCUGGAACCUGGAUAUCGCGCGAGGCAAGCUGCGCGCGGGCGGGCGGGCUAUGGCGCAGGCGGGUUGCGGGGCCGGCGCUGGUGGCGGGGCCCGGUACAUGGCGGUCUGUCGGCGGAGUCGCCCUCGGGGGCUGUCAGGUUACCAAAAGAACUUCUCUGCCCAGUUAAGAGAAUGAAAGUUGAAGGUCCUGGAGCAAACCAAGAUAGGCCAUGUCCAGAGCUUCCAUGAGACAGGGACCACGUGGGGGUUAUCAGGACUCUGGGCAACACCGGGGUCACUGCCAGGAUCCUAGAAGACCAAAGAAGAUUUGUGACGCAAAAGGAAAUCUCUAACCUCAGCUGUGGCUCUCGGUGCUGGGAAGAAGCCAACUUCAUGUCUGAGUGCACGCACAGAAGUUUGCCAUGGAAAGCUUGGGGCUGCAGACAGUGACCCUCAGUGAUGGGACGACAGCCUACGUCCAGCAAGCUGUCAAAGACUUCCCAUCACAGGUCUUGCCCCUGUGCAGCAGUCUCAGUGGGAUGGAAGAACUUAGGAACUGCAGAUCGGGCUGUGUUUACUCUGUGGACCCAGGAGAGAAGCUUCUUGAAGGGCAAGUGAUCCAGCUCGAGGAUGGGACCACUGCAUACAUUCACCAAGUGACAGUGCAGAAAGAACCUCUUUCCUUUGAGGAUGGACAGCCCGUGCAGCUGGAAGAUGGCAGCAUGGCCUACAUACACCGCACACCCAAAGAGGGCUAUGACCCCAGUGCCCUGGAAGCCGUCCAGCUGGAAGAUGGCUCCACUGCCUACAUUCACCACCCUGUGGCUGUGCCGUCCGACAGCACCAUCCUGGCCGUGCAGACAGAGGUAGGCUUGGAGGACCUGGCCACAGAGGAUGAUGAGGGCUUCAGCGCAGACACGGUGGUGGCCCUGGAGCAGUACGCCAGCAAGGUUCUGCAUGACAGCCAGGCUCCCCAUAAUGGCAAAGGACAGCAGGUUGGGGACAGAGCAUUCCGCUGUGGCUACAAGGGCUGUGGGCGUCUCUAUACCACCGCUCAUCACUUAAAGGUACACGAGAGAGCUCAUACAGGUGACCGUCCAUACAGGUGCGAUUUCCCCAGCUGCGGAAAGGCCUUUGCCACAGGAUAUGGGCUGAAGAGCCACGUGCGCACGCACACCGGUGAGAAGCCAUACAAGUGCCCAGAGGAGCUGUGCAGCAAGGCCUUCAAGACCUCAGGAGACCUGCAGAAGCACGUCCGCACCCACACCGGUGAACGCCCCUUCCGGUGCCCCUUCGAGGGCUGUGGCCGCUCCUUCACCACAUCUAACAUCCGCAAGGUACACGUGCGCACCCACACGGGAGAGCGGCCCUACACCUGCCCCGAGCCCCACUGUGGCCGCGGCUUCACCAGUGCCACCAACUACAAGAAUCACGUGCGCAUUCACACAGGGGAGAAGCCAUACGUUUGCACGGUGCCAGGCUGCGGGAAGCGCUUCACCGAGUACUCAAGCCUGUAUAAGCACCAUGUGGUGCACACACACUGCAAGCCCUACACCUGCAGCACCUGCGGCAAGACCUACCGGCAGACCUCUACCCUGGCCAUGCACAAGCGCAGUGCCCACGGCGAGCUGGAGGCCACGGAGGAGAGCGAGCAGGCCCUUUAUGAGCAACAGCAGCUCGAGGCCGCCUCUGCAGCCGAGGAGAGCCCGCCACCCAAACGACCCCGCAUUGCUUACCUGUCGGAGGUGAAAGAAGAGGGUGAUGACAUCCCUGCCCAAGUGGCUAUGGUGACCGAGGAAGAUGGGGCCCCCCAGGUGGCUCUGAUCACUCAGGAUGGUGCCCAGCAGGUCAGCCUGUCCCCAGAAGACCUGCAGGCCCUGGGGAGCGCCAUCAGCAUGGUGACCCAGCACAGCAGUACCACCCUUACCAUCCCCAGUCACGAUGAUGACCUUGCCACAACUGGCACACAUACAGUCACCAUGGUCAGCGCUGACGGCACCCAGACGCAGCCCGUCACAAUCAUUACCUCUGGGACCGUGGUGGCUGAGGACUCAAGUGUAGCAUCUCUUCAUCAUCAACAGGUGGCACUGUUAGCCACAGCCAAUGGAACCCACAUUGCCGUGCAGCUGGAGGAGCAGCAGACCUUAGAGGAUGCCAUCAGCGUGGCCACCGCUGCCAUGCAGCAGGGGGCUGUGACCCUGGAGACCGCAGAGUCGGAGAGCGGCUGCUGAGCCCUAGAGGGCUGGAUCCCACUCCGUGUUGGAGGAGGUGCCGUGCCACACAGGCAUCCUUGCCUCCAAGGGCCCAGGCUGUGGCUGACACGUGGAAGGUGGCCACACAGGCCUCUAGGGCAAGAAGGCAGCAGGAAACCGGCCUGAAGGGCACCAGGGCCCUGCCCAAGAGGAGGGCCAAGCAGCUGGAAUCAGGGGAGUGCAUCAUCCUCAGGAGCUAAGGAGGACAGGCUUGAUCAGCAGGCUGCACUGGGGUGUCCUCCCCCCAGAAUCAGCUGAGCGCCCUCUCUCUCUAGAAAACACCCUUCCCACCCUUGGUCUAGUCCCCUUCUCAGGUGGUGAUUGGGGCUGCUCUUGGGACUGGUCCUCUGCUCCGACUGGUCACUGCCCACUAGGGGAGAAGGCAGACAGCUCUUCAGCCCUGUAGGGGCACUGUGGGCCCAACCCUGCUGCUCCCAGCAAUAACCACCUCCCUGGAGGCCAGCCGAGAUGUCUGGCCACUUGGCAGCAGAGACUUUCUGUCACCCGCAGUCAGAAUUGCUCAGGGGCCUGUGGCUGGAGAAAAGGUGCCCAGCCCCACCCCCAUCCCCAGCUGCUCCCCAACCUCUCUGGCAGAGAGGCAGGGAGCAACCUUGUACAUACUGCGGAUUGGGUGUCAUUUGUUUUAUUUUUUUUAAUUCCAUUUUGAUAAUUUUUUUUCCUGCUCUGGAUGGUGGUGGCAAACGGGUGAAUGAGUAUUUAAUAAAAUUCCAAGUUUCCACCUGGGUCCCUUCCUCCUCCUUCCUUUCAGCUUUGGGCCCUGGUGGCAGGGCGUGGUCAAAUCAGGCUCUAUAUUCCAGCCUCACUUAGCCUCAGUGCCUGGCUGGUGGGCCUGCCCUCCCAGGGCACAGGGGGGAGGAAGCCGUGGUAUGAGAUAAGCCCUGAAGAGCUGCCAGUGGCUUCCUGCCUGCAGCUGAGCAGGUGGGCUCUGGGUAGCCAAACAAGACCAGCGUGACCACUGCUUCCAGGCUCCAGUUGGAUCUCAGGCCUCGAGAUGUGUGGGCUGGAGGAACUCUGUUUUUCUCUACUUUACCUUGUGUUAUGUCAUCAGAGGCCCUCCAGACCCAACCACUGCUACAUACACAGCACACAGUCCACUGCUCUAAGUGGGCAAAGCCCCAUGGAGUGGGGGUGCCUUUGCCAAGAUACCCAGGGUCUCUGAUGCCUCUGCUGCCCUAGUGCUGAAGUCCUGGCUUUGGUACCCAGCUCUGGGGGUACCCAUCUAGGUGUCUGGGGCCAUGGAAUUCCAAAACCACAGUUGGACCCCACUGAAAAGUACAUGGUAGGACCAGACCAGCCCUGGCAGAAAGGAAGGGAUGCAGGGAAAGGGACUUGGUGGAAAACUCUUGGGUUUGACCCCUCCUGCAUGGGAACAUUGCAGGGAUUGCAGGCACCUCUUUUCCUCUCUCCACUCUCACGGAUGUGCCCCACCCUCUCCCCCAAUGCAGACAUCUCUUCUAGGAUGCCUAGCAAGCUCUCUUUUACUUUUUCCACCAGCUCUUUGGAAGCAGGGGGGCUGGGACAUGGCCCCAGGGAGGGCUGCCUCUAUUGCCUGAGCAGCCUCCUUCAAUAUCCAAGGCCAUAGUUGGUGACAGG